GCUGUCGGCUUUGGUUCAGUGUACCCAAUUCAGCCAUCUCUCAUGAUUAUCGGAAUCUCUGUCGGGUAGUCAGAGGUGCUCGAGAUCUGUCCUCCAUCAUUGUUAACGAACAAAACAAAGCAAACAGACAAAAAAAAAACCCAAAAAAAAUUGACCUCCCCCCCCUCUUCAAGAUUUUACAGUUGCUCCGAGCUCCGACCCAGAGAGGGAGGGAGAGGGGGAGAGAGAGAGAGAGAGAGAGAGAGAGAGAGAGAGAGAGAGAGAGGGAGAGCAGAGCUUCAAGUAGAUUCGGCAGUAAAUGGUGGGCGGCGGUAACAAUCAGAGAACAGGAGAGGAGGGAAUAGAGGCAUGGGCUCUGCCCGCAAGCUUCUGAUUGCUCAGAAGAUAAGAAAUUUCAUGGCACCACUUUGAUUGUGUCCCAAAAAUUAGGGCUUUUCUCUCUCUUCCCUGUCGAUCGCUUUGCCUUGGGGUUCGGGCCAUCUCUGUCCGGGUAGGAUAUAAAUGGCAACCGCGUCUCUGGUGCACGCGCGGUGCGGGUACUCUCCCAGACUCUGCAACGGCUUCAGGAACAAUGGCCCGAUAGGCUCCAACACGGCGUCUUGCUCUUCGUCUUCGUCGUCCUCCUCCUCUCCGUCAUCUUCCUCGUGCUCGACCUCCCUUGGCAUAAAUAGUAACUGGAAAUCACAAGGCUUUAGGGCUCAAGCCAUGAGUACUCCUACUCGAGGAAAUGUAGCAUCCCCAGGGGCGGCUUUUAAUGCAAAAGAUGGACCUGACCAUCUUCUUGUCCUUGUUCAUGGGAUCCUAGCAAGCCCAAGUGACUGGAAUUAUGUUGAAGCGGAACUCAAAAGACGAUUAGGGAGAAAUUUCCUUAUACAUGCGAGUUCAUGCAACACAUACACUAAAACGUUCAAUGGGAUCGAUGGUGCUGGAAGAAGACUGGCAGAUGAAGUCAUCCAAGUAGUCCAGAAGACCGAGACCCUGAAAAAGAUCUCCUUUCUCGCGCAUUCCCUUGGUGGAUUAUUUGCAAGAUAUGCUGUUGCUGUUCUCUACUCGCCCAGUUCCUCAAGCAGUGACUCAUCAGAUAACUAUGUGGAGCCUACGAAUGCGAAGUCUGAAAAAUCCUCUACAACACGUGGUAUGAUUGCUGGAUUGGAGCCAAUCAAUUUCAUCACCUUGGCCACCCCUCAUCUUGGGGUGAGGGGAAGGUGGCAGCUUCCCUUUCUUCUGGGAGUUCCAUUCCUGGAGAAACUCGCUGUCCCAGUAGCUCCAUUCUUGGUGGGAAGUACGGGAGCGCAGUUGUUCCUUACUGAUGGGAAACCCAAUAGGCCGCCUCUUCUACUACGAAUGGCAUCAGACUGCGAAGACGGAAAGUUUAUAUCAGCACUUGGUGCAUUUAAGUGCCGAAUUCUUUACGCAAAUGUCUCCUACGAUCAUAUGGUAGGUUGGCGUACAUCUUCCAUAAGGAGAGAGACAGAACUUGUGAAGCCUCCACGUCGAUCUUUGGAUGGGUACAAGCAUGUAGUAGAUGUCGAGUACUGUCCACCAGUACCGUCUGAGGGGGCCCACUUUCCUCCUGAAGCCGCCAAAGCGAAGGAGGCCGCACAAAAUACCCCGAGCAUCCAAAAUACCUUGGAGUACCAUGAAAUUGUGGAAGAGGAAAUGAUACAGGGGUUGCAACAGUUGGGUUGGAGGAAAGUCGAUGUCAGCUUCCAUUCCGCGCUGUGGCCAUUUUUGGCUCAUAACAACAUUCAUGUGAAGAAUGAGUGGCUUCACAGUGCUGGGGUUGGAGUGGUUGCUCAUGUUGCAGACAGCUUGAAGCAGCAAGAAUCCUCCCCAUGUAUUCCUGCUAGUUUAUAGCAUACGGACUGCUUCGUUACCCCAUCUUCAUGUACAUUGUUGGGGGGAAAGGGAGAUUAUAAUGUCAAAGAUGGUAGUUAACUUUCAUUUGAGAAAGGAAAAAAAUUGGAUCAUAAUUUCAUACCGGGGAAUGAAAGACGGUGGAAUAGAUUGGUACCGAAUGGAAUGGAUUGGUGAUGCCGUAAAUAGAGGCAUUCGGUCAAAUAGUCUUAAGGGAAUGGAUUGGUGAUACAGUAAACACAGAGGCAUUCACUCGAGUAAAUCAUUCCCGUGCCAUUUCUUAGCUGACUGUAAGGUUGAUCUCUUUUGGUGAUUCCUAUGACAAAAAAUUGAUCUGAUA